GGCGGCCGCGUGGAGGGCGGGGCGCGCUGCUCCCGAGGUGGCUCCGGCCUCCGGGCGCCCGCGCCGGGCUCGCACCCCUUCCCUGCCGCCCGGCGCCUCGGCUGCACCCGGUUGCCCCAGGCUCGGGGCUUAGUGAGCAGAAUUUGCCCACUUUUCUGGUAUAACUAAUUCAGAUGGCUGGGAAUAAAGGACGUGGACGUGCAGCUUAUACCUUUAAUAUUGAGGCAGUUGGAUUUGGCAGAGGUGAAAAGUUACCUGAUGUAGUAUUGAAACCACCCCCACUAUUUCCCGAUACAGAUUAUAAACCAGUGCCACUGAAAGCAGGAGAGGGUGAAGAUUACAUGCUGGCCUUGAAACAGGAGUUGAGAGAAACUAUGAAAAGAAUGCCUUAUUAUAUAGAAACACCCGAAGAAAAACAAGAUAUUGAAAGAUAUAGUAAAAGAUAUAUGAAGGUGUACAAAGAGGAGUGGAUACCAGAUUGGAGAAGACUCCCAAGAGAAAUGAUGCCAAGGAAGAAGUGCAAAAAAGCAGGCCCCAAAUCCGAAAAGGCGAAAGAUACAGGCAAAGGCACCUCGCUCACUAAUACUGCAGAUGUGUUGAAAAAAAUCGAGGAAUUGGAAAAGAGAGGUGAUGGUGAAAAAUCAGAUGAGGAAAAUGAAGAGAAAGAAGGAAGCAAAGAGAAAAGUAAAGAAGGUGAUGAGGAGGAGGACGAUGAUGCUGCAGAACAAGAGGAAUAUGAUGAAGAAGAGCAAGAAGAGGAAAAUGACUACAUUAAUUCAUACUUUGAAGAUGGAGAUGAUUUUGGUGCAGACAGUGACGACAACAUGGAUGAAGCAACCUAUUAAGCUAUGAAAUUUCUCCAAAAAUAUCUUUCUGAUACCACUUCUGAACAUUUGGACAGCCUUGUUUUCUAUUUCUGAUAUUUUUGUUCUUGUUUUGUUGGACAAAUAUUUGCUGUCAAAAUACUCAGAACCACUUAGAGUUUACAUACUGGUUAUCUUACCCAUUAGUCUCUGAUACUGUCCCAUUCCUUUUCAACACCUCUGUCAUCUUAUGUAUUCAGAUGGAUUUUUUUGGUAUCAUUUCGAUUUCAAUGUGCCUAGAGUUUUUGCAUCUUUUAAUCUGUGUAUUCACAUUUGGACAAAUUAUUCUUGUUGAACUCGAUCUGUUGUAAAACUGUUACUAGUCAUCAUAGUGGAUUUCUGUCAUCUGAAAGUUGACUUCAUACUGCACAGAGAGCACUUUAAAAACAAAGAAACUUGAAGCUAAUUUUCUUUUACUUUUGCAUGGGUACGUUCUGUGCUGCAUUAGGACUACAGAAACCUGAGCUCUUAACAAUUGCACAUUUUAUGAGAGUGGAAGUUUUGUGAUCAAAAACAGACACACACAGGAAAAUGCUGAUCUGAAUGGUAUGGGUUUCCCAGCUCACAUCUCAGCCCUUAACAAAAACCUGGGAUGAAUAUUAACAAAUACUUGAAUUUGGAGCCAACUCAGUACCAUAUAUUGAUUAAUCAUCCCACUAUAAGUUUGAUAUCUUUGAAUAGUUGGGCUUAUGAAAAAUUAAGAUAUCUUAUUUGUAUUUUACCAAAGUGUAGAGAAAGUGCUAGUCAUAUAAAUCUCACUGCAGAAUGCACAUGUUUGAAAUCUGUGAGGUGUAGUUGCUAUUACUAAAUUUCACCAGGACUCCUAGUUAUCCAGCCGAUUUAUAUAACAAUGCAAAAUGCAACUCAGGUCAUUUUAAAAUUAAGAUUAAUUUUUCUUGUUUCAAUUAAAAACUGGCUCCCUUGCCUUAUGUUUUGGCAGGGAAAAUACCUAAGACCCCCAGCCUCCAAAGACACACAAUUGCCAAAGAUUUUCAGUGGAAUUUGUAUUAUAUAUUUUUUAAUGAUUUAUUAGUAUUACUUUCCAAAAAGAAUAAAGAAAAUAAUUUUUCCCCUUUAGGAAGAUACUACCCAUCACCCUCUAAUCUUGAGAAUCAAAGCGGUAGAUUCUAUUUCUACCUUUACUAUUAGUCUCAACUUGAAAAUGAGCUUGGUUAAGUUUUCUGUGCCUUAGUUUCCCCACCUGUAAACUAUUUCCUAUAAAAAUUGCUUACACACUAAACAAAAUUUGCCAUGUGUAUUCAUUGAUACCUUAACAGAAAUGAUCGCUUAGUUUGGUUUUUGCCCUCUAAAAAAGAUGUGGCCUUGUGACUGAAAACAAACUUUUGGAAAACUAACAUGUUUUCCUCACAAAAUAUAUUAUAACCUGAUUUUCCCAUCUUAUAUUCUGGAGGGGAGGACUGAAGAAAAUUUAUAUUGUCUUGGACCAUUUUGUAACAUGACUUUCUCAGGAAAAACAUCACUUUCAAUUUUAAUACCUCCUCAGAUAAUUCAAGGUGGGUGUGAAGACCAUUGUUAGUUCAGUGCUAUAUCAAUCAUAUGUGCGUUACCUGUUGAAGUAAGCUUCUGGGGAAUUUUAAAUAUUUUAAAUGGAAAACAUAAAAAGUCCAUGUUAAAACAGCAAUCUGCUGGACUUAAAAGGAGAAACUCAAAUCAAGUUUCUAGUUGUGAUGGGCAAAUUACAUCACUUAGGAUUGUAAAGUAAGACAUUGAUGUUUUAGUCUCUUACCUCUUUAGUCUAAUACCAUUUAAUUUAUACAAACCUGAUUUCAACGGCUCUGUUGACUUGCUUUAAUAUAAAUCUGCAGAUAACCCUGUGAAUUGGUCAAAUGCACUAAAGAUCUAGGUAUUUUUAUUCCUAGCUCUCAAUUUUGCCUCCAGUGUUAGUCCAGCAGAUGGUAAGACAACCCAUUUGGGCAAGGACUUGCUCCCAGGAGGCCCCAGCCAUCUGCCUUAAGUGCAGGGUCUUCCCUCUUUGGAAGAUCUUUUUUAUAAGUUUAAAGUAGACUAAACGGUGAAGACAGGGAGUAUUUAAAGGUUGCUUUACCAGUAUGAAUCUUGUCUUUCUGGCUUAAAAUCUCAGAGACUGUGAAGUUAGUUAUUCCACAAGAAGGUAAACUUUAAUGCAGAGAUAGCCUCUUGUAUAUAAAAAAGUACUUGUUGGUGAAGUGUCUUUAAAAUUGCUAUAUUAACAGGCAAAAUUGUUUUGUUGCUUAUUUUUCUGUUUACACAUUAAAUUCUUACAAAACAAA